CUGCCCUGCCGUACUGUACUACGAGCUCGAGCUGCCGAGCACGGAGCAGUGACAGUGAGCACCCAUCAAAAGCGAGCGCAAAGCUGCCCGUCCGCGCGUUUUCUUUUAAAGCGCCUUCAUCUCCUCACCCUCCCCCUUUCUUCCCUAAAGCCGUCGCCUCCGCCUCUGCUCCUGCAAGCUCUAUUUCCAGUGCUGGUGCAGCCAUCGGCAGCCGAACGAGGCCAUGAAGAAGGCGGUGGCAGUGGGAGGAGGAGGAGGUGGUGGUGGAAAGGGAGGCACAGCGCCUACGGACCUCCUGGUCUGCUUCCCCGCUCGGCAGCACCUGGCGCUGAUGCCCAAGCCCAUCUGCAGCCCGUCCCGGACCACCAUGGACAAGGCGGCCGCCGCGCGCCGGCGCCAGCAGCUCCAGCUCCAGCUGCCGGGCUCGAGCGCUGCUGCAGGUGGUGGUGGGAGAGUGCGCGGGAGUAGCCCCAUGUUCCGGGGGUCCAGGGCGAAGCAGAGGGCGGAGGAGGAGGAAGUGGAGCCGCAGUCACCCAAGGUCACGUGCGCCGGCCAGAUCAAGGUCGGCCGGCCCAAGAAGGUGAAGCCGGGGCCGGGCUCGACGGCAGCGGCGAAGCACGGUAAGGACGGCGUCGGCGUCGGCGUCGGCGACGCCAGGAGCUGGAUCACCGUGGUGGAGGAGAUCGAGCGGCUGCACGGCCGGAGGAAGAAGCAGGUGGGCUGGCUCGAGACCCUCGGGAUCAGGCGGGACGCGCUGCCGUUCCUCGGCGCCGCGCUCCGGAGCCUGCGGUUCAAGGCGCGCUGCUUUGGGUUUGGGUCCCUCCAUGCCGCGCCGACCGUGGACUCCUCCGUUGACUCCGACGACCCGGGGGAGCGUGGAAUAAGCGAGCACGGAGCCGGAGGGAGCGCCGCGGCCAGCGUGUUCUCCAAGUGGCUAAUGGUGCUGGAAGGCGGCCAGGAACCCACGGACCUGGAGCAAGACGAAGACAGGUACGACGACGAACGCGACCAGGAAGAAGACGUUGAGGUCGAGCGGCAGCAGGGCAAGGAGACGGACGAGGGCACGAACGGGCCGCCGCCGAACGCGCUGCUGCUCAUGCGGUGCCGCUCGGCGCCCGCGAAGGGACUGUCCAUGUCCAGAAGGAGGACGUGUGAGCAGUUGGCCGGCGAGUUCGUCGACCAAGAGAAGGGGGCCGCGGCGGACGGCGUGCCGGGAGACGGUGAAACAGAGGAGGACAAGGAGGAGGAGCUGGUGUUCAUGAGCACAGCGCCCGGCUUCAUGAAGCUGUCACUGGACAUCGCCAAGGAGACGUGGAUCGUCGGCGGCGGUGACCCGAUCGCGAGGUGCCGGAGCUGGAAGAGGUGACCGCCAAGGCGCCAACACGCGCGCCGCGUGCGCGGAACGCCGACGAGGAUGACGUGGACGCGGGACUCGUCGUGCUUGUACAGAUUGUAUCACUGGUUUAUGUGUUGGAACAUAUAUAAACUCAUGUUACGUAAAUGUUCUGAGUUGUAGAGUCUUUGCAUAGGAUGAUAGGAACUUGAGAUGACAUUGAAGUGAGCCCGUGCAUUUCUCUCCCCAAGAUCCACGUGAAAUCACGCAAAGUUCUUGUUCCAAACAUAAGUUUCGA